GCGGGCGGGCUCCGGAGCCCGGGCCGGGCUUCGCGCCUCCCCGCCCGACCCGGCCCGGCCCGGCCCUGCCUGCCCAGCCCUCGCCUUCUUAACCCGGCGCCCCGACGCCCCGCGCCAGCCGGAGCCGCGCGGGCUGCUGCUGCUGCAGAUCCGGGGGACGCGAUGCCGGCGCCCUACACGCGGAUCGUGGGCCGAGGAGCCUUCUCGCUGAGGAGAUGGUCCACCGUGCCGGUGCGUUGGGCCCACGCUCCCCGCGUACUCCACGGCGACUUGGCCAAACUCUCCGGCCGGGCCCAGGAGUUUGUCGAGCAAGGGGUGCGCCUCUGCCAGCCGGACAGCCUUCACAUUUGCGACGGGACGGAGAAGGAGAACAGCAAAAUCCUGAAUUUCCUAGAAUCCGAAGGCGUCAUCAAGCCGCUGACCAAAUACGAGAACUGCUGGCUGGCGAAAACCGACCCCAAGGAUGUCGCCAGGGUGGAGAGCCGGACGGUCAUCGUUACGGAGAACCAGAGGGACACGAUCCCCGUCACGGCCCCGGGGGUCAAAGGGCAGCUGGGCAACUGGAUGAACCCCCAAACCUUUGAAGAGGCAGUGGCUGAUCGGUUUCCUGGUUGCAUGAAAGGGCGCACCAUGUACGUCAUCCCCUACAGCAUGGGGCCUCUCGGCUCGCCGCUCUCCAAAAUCGGGAUCCAGCUGACGGAUUCGGCCUACGUGGUCGCCAGCAUGCGCAUCAUGACGCGGAUGGGCGCCGCGGCCCUCCGCGCGCUGGGGGACGGCGAGUUCGUCAAGUGCCUGCAUUCGGUGGGACGGCCCCUGCCCCUUAGCGAAGACCUCGUGAACAACUGGCCUUGCAAUCCAGAGAAGACCUUAAUCGCCCACGUGCCGAAUCGCCGGGAGAUCGUCUCUUUCGGGAGCGGCUACGGGGGCAACUCCCUGCUGGGGAAAAAGUGCUUCGCCCUCCGGAUCGCUUCUUGCAUUGCGAAGGACGACGGCUGGCUGGCCGAGCACAUGCUGAUCCUGGGUCUCACCAACCCGGAAGGCAAGAAAAAAUACGUGGCGGCCGCCUUUCCCAGCGCCUGCGGCAAGACCAACUUAGCCAUGAUGAAUCCUACCUUGCCGGGCUGGCGCGUGGAGUGCGUGGGGGACGAUAUCGCCUGGAUGAAGUUCGACAGCGAAGGCCGCCUACGGGCCAUCAACCCCGAGAACGGCUUCUUUGGGGUGGCCCCGGGCACAUCCACUCGGACCAACCCCAACGCCAUGCACACCAUCCAGCGCAACACCAUCUUCACCAACGUGGCCGAGACUAGCGAAGGGGGCGUCUACUGGGAGGGGAUCGAUCAGAGGAUUCCGGAAGGGGUCACCAUCAGCACCUGGCAAGGAAAACCUUGGAAGCCAGGGGAUCCGUCGCCUGCUGCUCAUCCAAAUUCCCGCUUUUGUGCCCCGGCUCGGCAGUGCCCCAUUAUGGACCCGGAUUGGGAAUCCCCGCAAGGGGUCCCCAUUGACGCCAUCAUUUUUGGAGGCAGGAGACCAGCAGGGGUGCCUUUGGUAUACGAGGCCUUCAACUGGCGCCACGGGGUCUUCGUGGGCAGCGCCAUGCGGUCGGAGUCCACGGCGGCGGCUGAGCACAAAGGCAAGGUCAUCAUGCACGACCCCUUCGCCAUGCGCCCGUUCUUCGGCUACAACUUCGGCCGCUACCUGGAGCACUGGUUGAGCAUGGAAGGGCGGAAAGGCGUCCGCCUCCCCAAAAUUUUCCACGUCAAUUGGUUCCGGAAAGAUGCCGCCGGGAACUUCCUGUGGCCAGGUUUCGGGGAGAAUUCGCGGGUCCUGGAGUGGAUCUUCCGCCGGGCGGACGGAGAAGAGAGCGCGAAGGAGACGCCCAUCGGGUACGUCCCCAAAGAAGGUGCCUUAGACCUGUCAGGGCUCAGCCAGGUGAACCAUUCGGAGCUCUUUUCCCUGCCCAAGGAAUUCUGGGAACAGGAGGUCCGAGAAGUGAGACAAUAUCUGACGGAACAAGUACCCCAGGACUUGCCCAAGGAAGUCUUGAAAGAACUGGAAGCCUUGGAGACCCGGGUGAAGAAGAUGUGAGGAACCUCAACCGUCAAAGACGUCCAAAGAUUCUUCCCCUGUUUUUUGGGGUGGGGGGGGGAAGGAGAUAUCAGGGGCCUUGUUUACAGACAACCCAUUCCUCUUUUCUUACCAGCUAAAGUCUCUCCAGCCUCAGGUGUCCCAUAUCAUGUUUCCUAGGUCAGCUGAUGGCCACCUAGCGUUCUUCGGCCUUGUCUACCGUCUUUGACCAGCGUCGCCUUGCUUGAUACCUCUCUUUCGCUUCCUUCUUCCUUGACACUGUCCUUCUUUCAGUUCUGGGGAGACGGGAAGGCGGGUGGCCUUGCAUCUUGAAAGCUAUUGUUAAGGAUGGUGAUGCCUCCUCAGAUGUUGCUUCUCCUCCCUGCAUCUUCUCUAUCGGAGCUUCUGAGAGGGUUGGGUCUUUGACUAGCUGUCUUUUUAAUAAUAAAAAUAAUAACAAUAAUAAAAAAAA